AUGACCGAACAAAAAAUCACACCAUGGACAGUGGAGGCAGAAAAAGAUGGUGAAAAGAUGACUACAAUCAACUACGACAAGAUCAUCAGCCAGUUUGGGUGUGAAAAAUGCACGCAAGGCCUGUUUAGAGAAUUCCAGGAAGCAACGGGAAAACCUCUGCAUAGGUUUCUAAGGAGAGACUUAGCUUUUGCACACAGAGACUUUGAAAAAGUGAUUGAAUGUGCCAAAAAGAAUGAAGAGUUUUUCAUAUACACAGGAAGAGGGCCAUCUAGCGAGAGUAUGCAUUUGGGGCAUGCCAUGCCCUUCAUAUUCUGCAAGUAUCUGCAGGAUACUUUUGGGGCGCCGCUAGUCAUUCAAAUAACCGACGAUGAAAAGUUUCUCUGCAAAAACAUCACUCUUGAUAACAGCAGAGAGUAUGGAAGAAAUAACAUAAAAGACAUCAUAGCAUUUGGGUUUGAUCCGGAUCUAACGUAUAUCUUCUCAAACUUUGAGAGUUCCCAUGUUUUUAUGGAAAAUAUUUUGAAAACCUCCAAAAGUAUAUCACUGAAUGAAGCAAUGAAGGUGUUUGGAUUUGAUGAGUCAACAAACAUAGGAAUGAUUGAUUUUCCGUCCAAGCAGAUAGCUGCAGGAUUCUCCAGCUCCUAUCCAUUUUUAAAGAAAAACAUGCUAUGUCUCAUUCCCUGUGCUGUUGAUCAGGACCCCUUUUUUCGGCUGGCCAGAGACAAAUGCAAAGCACUUGGUGAGCGCAAGCCGGCCUCUUUGUAUCUGGGACUACUUCCCGAUCUUCAGGGAACAAACAGGAAGAUGAGUGCCUCGGAUCAGAAGAGUGCUAUUUUUCUGAAUGACGGGCCUAAUGAUGUGGAAAACAAAAUAAAUAAGUUGGCAUUCAGUGGAGGAAAGGAAACAGUCGAGGAGCACAGAAGGCUGGGUGGUGAUCCUAGUAUUGAUGUUGCAUAUCAGUAUUUGAGGUAUUUUCUCGAAGAUGAUGAGGAGCUGCUAAGACUCAAGGAAGGCUAUGAAAAGGGAGCGAUAUUGAGUGGAGAAAUGAAGGCGUAUUGCAUAAGGGUUGUACAACAGUUCCUUGAAGAGUAUCAAAGGAGACGAUCUGAGGUUACUGAUGAAGUUGUAGAGCAGUUUAAGAGUCUGGACAAAUUCAAAGCCAACCUGAACGAGAAGCUUUCGAAAUUUAAAAUCUGA